CCAACAAAGAAAAAGAAUUAUUGCGAGCCGCCCAACCAGUAGUGACAAUUAUUUUAGCCAUCAAUAACCUGGAAAAAAAAAUUGCUGAAAAGGAAAAAAACGAGAAAACCGAAAUGGACCAGGAAAAAUUCCAAGAAGGCAUAAACGCUAUUC